AGUCAACCAGCUGCCCGGCCGGAGACAUCCCAACAGCGGCCCAGCGGCGACUAAUUUCAGAUCUGACACACCGGCCGUCUUUGUCAACAAGCCAUCACCCACCAUCCCCACCCACCCAUCCACGCCAUGUCGACUCAAGGUCCCCCCGCCGACGCGAAGCAGGCGCAGGCGGCCGCUUUGCAUGAGAUUGAGGCGGCGCAGCGGAGGAAGCGCGCGCUGGAUAUGAGCUUGGCCAACCUCGAAGCAACCAUCUACGCGUCCGAGGCCUCGUACCUCGACGACACGGCCGCCUCGGGCGGCAACAUCAUCAAGGGCUUCGAGAGCUACCUCAAGCCGCCGGCACACGGGUACACUAAGCGCAAGAUGGAGGCUGGGGCCGAGGACCGGUUGUUCUCGGGCAGCAGUGUGCAGUUCCAGCAGCAGCAGUAACUCGUCCCCCAGCCGCCUUUGUCCCAUCCCCGCCGCGUCCCAUUUUGGUCUCUCACUCUUCCCUCCUCUUCAUCUGUAGCCUGUAUCACCGCUCUAGAAAUGCAUCGGCCGCGCCGUCGAGGCGCGGCGUGACUCUAUGA